AUGUCUAGCUACGCAGCGAAUCCGGGCGAGGAUGGGAGGGUGUCGGUAAAAUCGCCGAAGACACAGGGCGCGGCGGAGGAGGGAAUGUGCCCUAGGAUAUUUGGGAUCUCGAUAGGCGUGAAGCGGCUGAGUUGCGAGGACCUGACCGUGCUCCUCAGUGGGCAUGAGGAUAAAUCUGAAGCUCUGGAUCAUAGAAGCAACGACGCCAUAACAGUUAGAGGAAGCUUCGGAAUUUUCGCCCGUGAAGAAGAAACGAACGCGACAUUAGAGUGUUGUCUUCGGGGUUCUCCGUCUGGUGUAAAGGGUUCGGUCUCGACGUUUAUCUCUGAAAGAGGGACAAAUGAUUUGAGAGUGAAGACAAGGAGGUUGAAAUGGGAGCUGGGUUUGCCUCAGGACUAUGUAAAAGGAGAAAGAAAUGGAGAAGGGGCAAAAGGUGGAAAGACCCGAUUUUUACUGCAGGAUUCGAAAGGAUUUGAGAUGGAGAAGAAGUACAAUAAAUGGAGGUCGAGAUUCAAGCUGGCAUUUUUGCAGCACUCGGAUAUUUUCUACGUGUGUAGCAAAAUCGAGACUCGUGCUUUUGUUUUCGAGGGAUGGAUAUAA